AGACACAGUUCUGCUGUGGUGCGGGAACCAGGUGCGUCAGUGUGGGAGUGACAUGGUGCGACAGCUGGAAACGUACACUAGAGUCUAAGUACGCGGGACAGUGCGAAUCGUCUAAAUCGCACACAAAUUCACCGUGAAAUUCUGGCGACAUGUGCGCCAUAUUCUGUGUCGCAAGCAGCAGAAGUAAAAUGAUGUCAACAGUUUCACCGAGGCCUCAGAGACGUGGGUGAGGCUGAUCGAGAAGUCAAGAUCUAGCACCUUACGAUUUCCAUCUUUUCGGAAAGAGAUUUUCCAGCGAUAAGGAUGCUGACACAGCCGUUCUCGAAUGCGUCCUUGAUCAAGGAGCGGAUCAGUAGAACGUUACGACCGUUGGUUACAGAGACCUGGUGACUACGUCGGAAAAUUGUGUAAUGUAUCUGUGUCACUCACAUUGAAAUUUAGUGUAGCAGUCAAUGAAAGUUACUUGACCUGUCACAUUAAUGUGUAACUCGCGCAUUUUUUUUCUUUUUUUGCGGAUGUAGCCAAUAACUGUUCGAAAUGUUCUUUGACGUCGUCGUUGAUGAGAAGAUUUCUUUAACUUUUGCCUAGACAUAUUCAUUGUGCUUACCUUAGACAUCUUGUGUUACUGAAGAAGGAAUUUUAUGUUGAUAACAGGAGCCGUAAAUGGUCACCAUAUUGACUGACAGUUUAUAUGAAAUGUGUCUUACGUUUGGUUGUGCCUAUUGUUGGAUGAAUUGUUUGAUACAGGUAUUAACAACUGAACCUAAGAAUGCCUUUAGUUUUAACUCAUUCUUCCUAACUAAAAUCAGGACUAAAAUGAAGUUAGUGGAACGUGGUUUUUGAAGCUUCUUAAGCAAGAACAAUUUUAACAGUAAAUCUUUGUGAUAUUCUUUCUUUUUAAUUUAGCUGUUUAGCAGUUUCUUUCUUUGUUCAGGGAGGACUUAAAGUACGUCGACUGAACUGCACUCCUUCGAUCAAAGAAAUCUCUGGAAUAUGUUGUAAUAUCUUAUUUCUCUAUUAGACCUUUCCUCUGCACACCAUAUGAUGAAAACUUCCUUCUCGGAAGAGCUACAGCACUGUUCCUAAGUUAAGAAAGAGUAUUUUCCUGAACAUGUCGUAUUAUUUGUUUUAUGUUUCACUUCGACACUUCGUGAGCAGUUUACUGCAUGGUCUCAUGUAUAUCAUUCGUUUUAUGCACUGAUAACAGGUUUACUACAUGGUCGACUGAACGACGUGCGUUCCACGGCGAGGCGCGCCGUUCGUUGACGAAUUUGAAGGGGGCCUGCAGCGCGGCCAAUGAGCAUGAAAUAGCUCUGCGCAUGCGCGGCGCUCGGUCGCGCGAGCCGGGUUAAAAACACUGCCAGCACGCUCCGCGUGCGUAGUGAAACUGUUCCAGCAUCGAAGCAGCAUCAGCAGUCGACACCAAGAUGGCCGAGAAGAACUUGACAGCCGUCCUGUACAAGGCCAACGACUUGAGGCUGGAAGAGUGGCCAAUCCCGGAGCCGAAGGAAAAUGAGGUACUGCUACGUAUGGGUUGUGUGAGCAUAUGUGGCUCUGAUGUGCAUUAUCUAACAAAAGGACACAUUGGCAACUUUAUUGUGAAAGAACCAAUGAUCAUUGGUCAUGAAGCAUCUGGAGUUGUUGAAAAGUUGGGGCCUGGAGUAAAGAAUUUGAAAAGGGGUGAUCGUGUUGCCAUUGAACCUGGUGUGCCUUGUCGGACUUGCAACUUCUGCAAGGAGGGACGUUAUAAUCUUUGCCAGAGUAUCUUCUUCUGUGCUACACCACCUGAUCAUGGAAACCUCUCAAGAUUCUAUGUUCAUGCUGCUGAUUUCUGCCACAAGUUACCGGACCAUGUUUCACUUGAGGAAGGUGCACUUCUUGAACCUUUCUCAGUGGGUGUACAUGCGUGUCGCCGAGCUGGUGUUUGUCUUGGCUCAAACGUCCUUGUUCUUGGAGCUGGUCCAGUUGGUCUGCUGACCUUGCUUGCAGCGAAAGCUAUGGGAGCAAGUAAAGUGAUAAUUACAGACAUAGUUGCACACCGUCUGGAAUUAGCUAAGAAAUGUGGAGCAGAUUACACGCUAGUCAUUCCUAAGGGUGCUACAGUGGAACAAGUUGCAGAAAGAAUCAGAGAGCUGCUUGAAACUGAACCACAUAUGACGAUUGAUUGCUGUGGUGUUGACUUCACAGCAAAGCUUGGACUACAGGUUACACGCCCUGGAGGUGUUCAUUGUGUAGUGGGCAUGGGAGCUGAUCAAGUUACUCUUCCAAUGGUGAAUGCAACAUUCCGUGAAGUCGACAUUCGCAAUUGUUUCCGAUAUUGCAAUGACUACCCAUUGGCCUUGGAACUCGUUGCUUCUGGUAAAGCAAAUGUGAAGCCACUCAUUACUCACAACUUUACAUUGGAGCAAACUCCACAAGCUUUUGAGACUGCAAUAUCUGGCAGUGGAAAUCCAAUCAAAAUAGUUAUUCACUGCAAUAAACAAGGAUAAGAAAAGGCGUUUACACUGAAACCUGUAUUAAUUGUUAUUAUUUUUGCAUAUUGUUCAAUGAUUAAUAAAAUUUUAUUUUUAUUGA